AUGCAGAGCGCUAAUGCAGUUUUGACAGAUUUAAGCUGGCGGUUGGCAGCGCUCAAAGCCGCCGAGUCAGCAGCACUCAAGUUAAAGACAAGUAGUGCAUUAAACCGUCUGGACUUCCGCUCACUUCCCUCUCUUUCUGUCAGAGGUCCAUGGAAGCCGCUUCCCUUCUCCGUUGACUGCCGAGCCAAGCUGGCCUCCCCGGCGGCCCCGUCCCUUCCCCCGCACCCCGACCCAGAUCCAGGUCCCGACCACGCUGGCGAGGAGCACUAUGUAGGGGAGGGCGAGUCCAGCCAGCUCGAUGCACACCGGGUGCCCUCGGACUACAAGGAUGCCGAGACCAUCACGGAUGUGUGUAACAGCACCGAGCUGCCGGAGUUUGAGAUCAUCAGCCUGUUGGAGGAGCAGCUGCCGGUUUAUCGGCUGCGAGCGGACACGGUGUACGGCUACGAACGCGAUGACUGGCUGCACACGCCCCUGGUGGCCGUGGACACCUCGCUGGACCUGACCUCCGAGCAGAUAGAAGAGACUCUUAAAUACUUCUUGCUGUGUGCGGACAGAGUGGGCCAGAUGACCAAGACCUACAAUGACAUUGAUGCCGUCACACGACUUCUGGAAGAGAAAGAGAGAGAUCUGGAGUUGGCGGCAAGGAUCGGUCAGUCCCUCCUGAAGAAGAACCGGGUUCUGACGGAGCGGAACGACUAUCUGGAGGAGCAAGUGGGACAAAUGACGGAGGAGGUGGCACAGCUGCACCAUGAGCUGAACCUGAAGGACGAGCUGCUGCAGUUCUACACCAACGCUGCCGAGGAGAGCGAGGAGGAGUCGGGCGCUUCCCCAACGGGCAGGAAGAGUCGAGCGGAUGCUGCGUCCGGACUGUUCCUGAGCGACACGCUGCAGAAGAAACUCCGAGAGCUUGAAGAAGAGAACCUGUCCCUGCGAUCUGAGGCCAGCCAUCUCAAGUCGGAGACAGAAACGUACGAGGAGAAGGAGCAGCGGCUGGUCAACGACUGCGUGAAAGAACUCAGGCUGUCCAGUCGCCAGGUCUCCACCAUCGCUGAGGAGCUGGCCCGGAAGACCGAGGACGCCUCGCGACAACAGGAGGAGAUCACACACCUCCUGUCCCAGAUUGUGGACCUGCAAAAGAAAACCAAAUCUCUGGCGGUGGAGAACGAAGAACUCUUGCAUCAUCUGGUCGCAGCUAAGGAUGCUCAGAGGCAGCUGACCGCAGAGCUGCAAGAGCUGGAGAUGAAGUACUUGGAGUGCAUGGAGAUGCUGCACGAGGCCCAGCAGGAGCUGAAGAACCUGAGGAACGCAAACUACGCUGCGGGAACCCCCAGACGCUUCCAUCCUCUGGGACUCUACCCCAUGGACUCUCUGGCUGCAGAGAUUGAGGGAACCAUGAGGAAGGAGUUAAGUCUGGAUGAACCAGAGUGUGAACAUCAAAAAGUCCAUCGCCGGCGCGUUUUCCAGACGGUGAAGAACGUCAACCAGACGGUGCGCCAGCGCUCUCUGACCCCGACCGGCACCAACAUCCCGGGCUCCAACCGGUCCUUGUCCUCCUCGUGCACGUCGCCGCAGUCCAGCGGGCUCACCAGUCCCCGCUCUGGAGUGUGUGCGGGGGACCUCGGCGGGGACAGCGUCCCUCUUGACAACCGCGUGCAGAGCAUCCUCAUGGAGGCGGAGAAGAGCGCAGAGGGUGAAGGGAAGAGCGGGGCCCAGGACUUGCGUGUGGCCCUGCGCCGCUUGUCUCUACGCCGGCAGAACAACCUGAGCGAGAGGCGAUACUUUGACGAGGAGAGGGAGCGCAAGCGAGGCGGCCACCCAGACCCCCUGGGGGCUGUGGUCACCCCCUCUGAAAGCAUCAUGUCCCUGGGAAACCUGCACCUGUGGGCCUCCAGGGGGCCCUACCUGCCUGACAAACUCCAGAUUGUCAAGCCACUUGAAGGGUCGGCCACCCUGCACCACUGGCAGCAGUUAGCCCAGCCGCACCUCGGGGUCAUCCUGGACGCCAGACCAGGGGUGGUGUCCAAAGGCUACAGACCCCUUGAAAUGGAACUAGAACAGGCGUAUUCAUGGGGCAGCUUUGAGGAGGAAGAAGCAGCAGAUCGCUACUUCCAGAACUUACCCACCUGCUCGCCAGCAGGGCCCUGCACCAGCAGCAGCCUACCGCCCGCCCACAUGGUCCCGCCUUCUCCCACCUCGCCAUCUCCCUCACCGCAUCUUAGCAACACGGAUGCACUAGCUGCUUACUACCCAGGUAAAUGCAUGGCUCACACAAGCUCCACCUACACCUUCACCACAUGCCGCAUCCUGCACCCCACUGACGAGCAGACGCAUGUCACGCCCAGUCUGAACGCCAUCGCUGCCACCUCCUCCUCCUCCUCCUGCGUGAUGACCAGCUCUCUGCUGCCAGCCGCCACACCCUGCACACCUCGCAGGCUCAGUCUCAGUCUGAGGCCCUCAGAAUCAUCCACCAACCUCAGGGAUGGCACCCGCACCACCAGCACCUCCCUGGGCUUAGUGCGCCUCCUACAGGAGAGAGGGAUCUCUGCAGCCGUGUAUCACCAGAGUCCGGCCAGUGAGGGCGUCUUAUUCAGCACCUCCAUCACGCCCGACAGACCCCGCCACCUGCGCCCCACAACACCUCCAAACUCCCCCACGGGACAGGGGGCCACGUCUAUGGGCUUCGACCUCAAGAGCCCCUCCUAUGACAACUUCCUGGCCUCCAAACCGGCACGUUCCAUCCUGAAGGAGGUGACUGCGGCCACCAGGGGUCGCCAGAGGGGGCGGGACUGUGAGAGCCAGACUGACGUGAGCGUGAGCGUGCACAACCUCAACCUGCUGGACAAGGUGAAGCGUCUGGGUGUGGCCCGGCCGGUGAGUCCGAGCCCCAUGCUGGGGCCUCUGGGGGGGCUGCGAAGAUCGGGCUCCCCCUUUGGGCCUGAGGGGAUGAGACGGAACAGGAGUUACCCGGCGAGCAUGGCCAUGAAGGCUCCGGGUCCUCCUGAGUAGUCUGGACCCGGGAAAUGGGAGGAGCCAAUCUGGCGCAUGAGCAGUCACAUGACAUGUGGCUUGAACAACAGCCAUUACAUUAGGUACACCUGACAUCACACUGGAAAAACAACGGUGGACUUGAGGGGGGGGGGAAACGGAGAAUAACAAUAGUAGGAUUUUUCAGGUUUACAGUAAUAACCACUGUAGAUUUUACGGUAAAAUAAUAUCGCAAGUCAGUCUGCAGAAUUAGAUACCGCUCUUCAGUUGACAGUCAUUUGCUGUGGUCAGGGCCGGCCCGUGACAUAGGCCGUAUAGGCAAAUGCUAAGGGCGCCGUCCAUCAGGGGGCGCCACGCAAGUGCCACAAAUGUUGGAGAGAAAAAAAAAAAAGGAGAAAAAAAGUUGAGUUUGAGUUUAUUUCGAACAUGCGAGCAUACAACAUGAUGCAUCACAAUUUCCAGUUUCUCUUUUCAACAUGUUCGAAAAGGAGUAGGAAGAAGCAGAGCUUAUUUAAUCCUACCCCUUUUCUUUUACAUAACAGUAAGUCUUUGCUGUCGUCCAGCAUUCUGUUUUUGUUUACUUUGUAGCCAAUUCAGUUUUAGUUUCAUUCUGCAAAGCCUUUCCCUAAGCUUCAAUGCCUUUUCUUAGGGGCACUCACGUUUUGUUUAUUUUUGGUUUUGAGUUGAGUAUGAGUUUAUUUCGAACAUGCAAGCAUACAACAUGAUGCAUCACUAUUUGGUACAAUUAUUUCUGAAUACAAAAAAUAAUCCCACGUUAAUUAAAAUGCAAAGUAAAGCCUAUUUAAUAGAAUUAUUAUUUGUUACAACAUU